AGCAGAGAUAGAAAAUACAUGGUCGCCAUUACGGGGCAACAACGAGAGUACGAUCGGAGUUUGAUAAAAUCCAGUGUCUUUUACGGUUCUAUCGUGCUGAAAACUUUCCAAUUAUGCAAUUUUCAUGGUGAAUUCUACGCGCCGUGUCUCGGUUUGCUUUUUGCGAGUGUUAUCGUGACGGAAUGGGCCCCACUGGGUUCGGAAUUGGCCAUUGAAAAUCGGGUAUUUGUUUCAGUUCGUCUCGUCUCAGUUGUGUGAAGAUUGGAAAAGUUACUUAUGGAGCAAAUAAGCAUUGAAAGAUCAUAAACAAUAGACCGACACUAGUCGUGCCGUGAAAGCAAUGUUAAGUGAAAUAAUGUAUUUAAUCGAGAGCGAGCAGCAGCAAUUCAUUCACAGAGUAGUGGUAAUCAACACAGCAAUGCACCACAAUCAUAAUCGUCAACAUUGAGUUACCCCUUCCGCCGACUCGAUCAAUUGUCCGAGUGUGGAGGGUAAUCAAGUUUCGCCGAAAUAGCAGUGUUGCCGCUCGCUUGUGAAUGUGUGUGUGGUGGUGGUGAAGUGAGGAAAAAAGAAACAAAAUCAGAUGCAAAUUGAUUGAUAAUCGAAUUAAAGAGCAAAGAAAAAAGGGGGUGAGCGAAGUGCGGUAGCAAGAAGACACUAAUUGCUGCUAGUGGAGGAGCAAAGGAACAUCGGGCAGAUUUUCCCGUCUGUGCGGUUAGUGCACAUACGUCGUUUUCGUGUCGGCCUUUUUCUCGUCUGUCGCAACGAAGGUGAAAUCGAACGGAGGAGGCGGAGACCAGGAGGAGAUUUGCUUUCAAAAUGAGUCGCAUAUCGACGCAGAAGAAAGAAGGCAAAAUGCGGAUUCGGGCCUUCCCGAUGACCAUGGACGAGAAAUAUGUCGAGUCCAUUUGGUCGCUGCUGAAAAAUGCCAUCCAGGAGAUCCAGAAAAAGAACAACUCGGGCCUUUCGUUCGAGGAACUGUACCGCAAUGCAUACACCAUGGUUCUGCACAAACACGGCGAACGGCUAUAUACCGGCCUGAAGGAUGUCGUGACGCAACACUUGGAGACGAAAGUGCGGGAGGAAGUAUUGCGAAGUUUCAACUGUAACUUCCUGCAGACACUGAACCAGGCGUGGAACGACCAUCAAACGUCGAUGGUGAUGAUUCGGGAUAUCUUGAUGUACAUGGACCGGGUGUAUGUGCAGCAGAACGAUGUCGACAAUGUUUACAAUUUGGGGCUGAUAAUAUUUCGCGAUCAGGUGGUUCGAUUUGGACGCAUUCGGGACCACAUGCGCGAAACACUUUUGAAUAUGGUAAUGUGCGAGCGAAAGGGUGAGGCGAUCGAUCACAUCGCCAUCAAGAAUGCUUGCCAGAUGUUGAUGGUUCUCGGCAUCAAUAGUCGCUGGGUUUACGAGGAGGAUUUUGAGCGACCGUUCCUGACGCAGUCGGCCGCUUUCUAUAAGCUCGAAUCUCAAAAGUUCCUCUCGGAGAACAGUGCCAGUGUUUACAUCCGGCGAGUCGAGGUUCGCAUCACAGAGGAGGCCGAGCGGGCUAAACUGUAUCUGGACGAAAGUACCGAGAUUCGUAUCGUUGAAGUCGUCGAGGACGAGCUCAUUAAGAAGCAUAUGCGGACGAUCGUCGAAAUGGAAAACUCUGGCGUGGUGUAUAUGUUGAAGAACACCAAAACCGAGGAUCUGGCCUGUAUGUAUAAGUUGUUCUCGAGGGUCACCGGUGGGCUGAAGACGAUUGCCGAUUGCGUGUCCCAACACCUGCGUGCGAUGGGCAAGAAUCUGGUGAAGGAGGAAGAGAGUGGAACGAAUCCGAUCACGUUCGUGCAAAAUUUGUUGGAUUUGAAAGACCGGUUCGAUCAUUUCCUGCAUCAUUCGUUCAAUAAUGACAAGAUUUUUAAGAACAUGAUAUCGUCAGACUUCGAGCAUUUCCUUAACUUGAACAGUAAAUCGCCGGAAUAUUUAUCGCUGUUCAUCGAUGAUAAACUGAAGAAGGGAUGCAAAGGAAUGUCUGAACAAGAAAUCGAGACGAUUCUGGACAAAACCAUGGUAUUAUUCAGAUAUUUACUCGAAAAGGACGUGUUUGAACGAUAUUACAAGGCACAUCUGGCGAAACGUUUGUUGCUAAACAAAUCGGUCAGCGAUGAUUCUGAGAAGAAUAUGAUAUCUAAAUUAAAGACUGAAUGCGGUUGUCAAUUUACCUCAAAAUUGGAGGGCAUGUUCAAGGAUAUGUCCGUUUCUAACACUGUAAUGGAAGAAUUCAAGAAUCAUAUAAGUAACGAUGCGUCUGCCCUCGAUGGAGUAGAACUGUCGGUGAGAAUUCUCACCACUGGUUUCUGGCCAACGCAGUCGGCAACGCCAAACUGCAAUAUACCAGUAGCGCCCAGACGAGCAUUCGAAACGUUCAAACGUUUUUACUUGGCUAAGCAUUCUGGUAGACAGCUCACACUACAACCACAACUGGGCACAGUCUACAUGAACGCAGAAUUCUACGGUGUUAAAAUCGAUAAGGAAAGCGCCGAUGGUGCUUCCAGCAGCACCACCGUGGCGUCAACCACGGUGCCACCUCCGAUGAUCAUGGGAGCCGCCAGAAAACAUGUCCUGCAACUUUCUACUUAUCAGAUGUGCGUUCUGAUGCUGUUCAAUAAUCGCGAAGCUCUAUCCUACGAGGAGAUCCAGCAGGAAACGGACAUUCCUGGAAAGGAUCUGAUACGGGCGUUGCAAUCGCUUGCGAUGGGCAAACAGCAGCAGCGUUUGCUGCUGCGGACGCCGAAGACGAAGGAUGUCGAGCCCAAUAACAUAUUCUUCGUGAACGAUGCUUUCGUCUCCAAAUUCCACAAGAUUAAAAUUCAGACGGUUGCAGCGAAGGGUGAAUCAGAGCCAGAACGAAAGGAAACCCGAAGCAAGGUGGACGAAGAUAGAAAACAUGAGAUAGAAGCCGCGAUCGUAAGAAUCAUGAAGGCGCGCAAGAAAAUGGCUCACAAUUUGCUUGUGUCGGAUGUUACAACCCAGCUAAAGAGUCGGUUUAUGCCCUCACCGGUAAUCAUCAAAAAGAGAAUAGAGGGACUCAUCGAGCGCGAGUAUCUGGCGCGAACGCCGGAUGAUAGGAAAGUUUAUGUGUAUCUAGCUUAAACUGCAAGUGUGUGUGUGAGAGGGUUCGAAGUGAAGUGUAGAUGGAAUCGCCCUGCUGUUAAACCAUACACCCAUUCAAACCACUCCCAAAUGAUUCAAAAACAAAGCGAUUGAAUUAAAAUCACUCUUUAUAUAAUGAAAGUUAACUGGAGUAUCCUUUUAGACUCCCCGACGCAUGCAGCAUUUGAAAAUGAUCGCGCUGUAGGAUGAUGCUCUUGUCUCGAUGCAUCCCUAUCGAAGAUAGACAGAAAUUAAUUGAAACUCUUUUGAUGGUCUCUGUAACAUUGCUUUGUUGUCAAAUUGUUUGUUUCGUUUUCUUCCAAACAAAUUAAAUGAAUGUCAAUGUAUCGUAAAUAAAAUGAAUCUUAACAAUACAUCUGGGGCAAGAGAAAAGAAUACAUUGAAGCGAACUACGGUUUGUCUAUAUAAACUUGGGUUUGUACAAAGAAAAUCAACUUGUCGUUCAUUAUUUUUACUGUGUUCAGUUUUUCCUGGCGCGUUAGAGAUUGUUCAGGCUACUCGAAUGCCUGUUUGCUCUAGUAGCAGUAACGCAAGGAUUGCAAGCCUGAAUUGUGGUAACACUGUGAACUGAAGAAACAGAAAUCGAGGCUCCAAUCCUCGGCCGAUUAACAGUAGAGUAUGAGUAGAAGGGCGUUGAAUUGAAAAAUGAAAUGGUUUUGCGCACCACAGGAUUAAAAACGCGAAGAAGAAGAAGAAGAACGCAUAUUAUAUAGUAAUUAAAGUAAAUUAAUUAUUAUAUUUGAGAAACUGGAACCCCUAUUGCUAAAUAUAGAGAAUAUACACAAAACGAGGAAAAAACACUA